CGUCUCUCUUUUCGACCUAUAUCCACCCCUUCGGUUCUGUGCAGCGCACUUACUUUUCGCAUACGUUAGGUACCUCGAUAAUCAUGCGGCCUUGGCAAGCGUCUACUACACAAUAUAAACAUCACCAAGCCGGGCCGCAAAUAUCUCAAGACAACCCGAUGGGUGAUAUGCGCGACGCCAAGAAUUCGGUCGCGUUGUUCGCCGACUACAUCAACCGGCUACGGCCUGAUAUCUCCCGGCCGCACAACAACGUUGAUCUCCUCAGCUAUUCGCCGUCCACGGUUAGCCGCCAGGGAUCCAGCGGCUCUGCAGAUGGAUCGCGCAAAAGUUCGUCAAAACGACAUCACAAAAGUGUGAGGAAAGAAUGGGCCGAGUCACCCCAGGGAACGCUUUGGAAUAACAUCAGUAACACACUUCGGGAAGUCGCGGCCGAGUUACCGGACGUGAAUCCAACCGCGAUCCAGGAGUUCAUCAGCGCGCGAGAGAUCUUAGAGCUAGGAGCUGACUUCGUACGCUACUACCGCGAAAGUAGCCAUGCUAUGGAGAAGUCAUACUGGGUGGCUGAGGACCUAUUCUUUGAUCUUCAGUCUGUGAAGCAGGGCGACGUAGUGGCUGACCGGUGGACACGUGCGCGACCGGAGAAGAGAGUAGGAUGGGAUCUAGUGGACCAUCUCACGCGUUUCGUACUAUUGGCAGACAGCUUCCGUAGUCGGGCGGACCGUCAGGACUGGAACGCAUGGAGCAAUGGUUUCGUGAGAAAAGUGUCCUUCUACCUAUGCAUCUUGCGAUGCUUCACAGUCAGAGAUGCCGAGCAGAGACAGGCUGCGCGAGAGGCUGCGCGAGAUCGAGACACGAAAUCCUUGACGAAAAGAAGUUCCCACAGCAGUGGCAACAGCGGUAAUAGCAAACUAUCUCGCCAGAGCAAAUGACUGCCGGUGGAUUAUGUGUGCUAUUGGAUCCAUAGUGAGAUAUGGAAGAGGAGGAAGUGCUCGGCUAAGUACCAAAAGCGCAAGGACGCCAGUGACAUCGUGACUCUAGUGAAGUUGACCAGCGAACAAGUACAUUUGGCCAGGGAUACAUGUGCUGUCUUCGAGACGAACAAUAAGUUCAUACCAAGCUAGGCAAUAUAGCAAUGCUAUUGAUGAUCUUUCUGACAUGCGUAGACUCACAUUAGUAAGUAAUUCUAGCUCGAAUUGUAGGAACACUUAGCAACUUUGAGAACACAUCUUAUUGGGACAAGGAACAAAAACUAUGUUGGGGAGACGGACGCUUUGUCGAAGGUGCAUAAGGAAAACGGAUAAGGGGAAUGACUGAUACUAGGUAUAAGAGGUGAAAAAAAUACAUUAUAUUUUUAUUGAAACAAGGGCCAAUGGCACGAAUUAAUACAAUAAUUGAAUUCUUCAAUAAGA